AUGAGCGAUUCGAACGAUGAAUACUUGGCACUCAAAGAAGAACUACGGCAACUUAAAGAAGAGGCACGGCUCUUGGAAUUGUCUGUGAAAUAUCCGAAAGCCGACGCCGCAUUUCAUCAUCUUCUUAAAUAUUCCGAACAAGGUGCCUCUCAAUUUUCUCAAAACGAAAAUUUGCUCUUUGAGAUUUACAAAGAGAAAUUCACAAAGGAGGACGUUGAGAAGUGUUUGAAAGAGUUGGGAAGGAUCAAAGCGGUUGAAGAUUACCUGCCACUGAUAAAGUCCGAGGAAGACAACGGAUUUAUAAUUAACGCAAUUGCACAAUACAGAAACGAGGUGUUUGAAAUUGUGGACUUUGUUUUCGAGACUCUUGCGAAGCGAGAAAUCACAACUGAUCGCAAAGAUGACAUCUUGAAGCAUUUUGAGAGUUCCGUCGUCGAAAUCGCUGAGUUAAAAAUUGAGGUACAACAAACGAAUUUCUCUUCGCGAAGUAAAACCGAAAUUCCAAAACCUUUCCGAAUGACAGAGGUUUCUCCUUCUCUUGAUAUGUUCCGCUCGCGUUCCAAAAGCCCCAAAGUUGCAAAUUACGCGAUGGUCGCUGGGUUAAUGGAAGAGAAUUUCAAGAUCAACGCAGAUGUCGUCGCAGUACUUAUGAACACUAUUUCGCUCAACAAAGUGACGUUUCUUACGGAGAGUUUUUCGACAAACGACAAGAUGACCAGAAAAGAGUUGGUAGAUUCCAUUUGCAACAAAAAGAAUUUGAUGGUGUUUUUCUAUUUAAAGCGGAACACAAUAAUAGGCACAUUCAACUCGGAGGUAUUGAUCCCAGGUAAGUGGGUUGAGAACGACGACAAAUUCUCGUUAUUUGUCAUUGAAGGCAAUAGUGUGACGUUUUGUACUUAUCGGGAAAAUAUCAAACGCACUACAUACCUUGGUGAGGGUGAUGGUCAGAACGGUUUCUGGUUUGCAGUGGACAAGGCUUUUGGUCUUGUUCAAGAUAAAGUUGGGGCUGUGUUUAAGCUCCCUAAGCUGACUCUCUGUUUUGAAGACACCUUUUGGUCAGACUACCUGAUCCAGAAGAAGCUUUCCCUUUUGCCUGAGGGUAGGUACGAGGUCGAGAGGAUCGGUGCUGUUACGUGGUCGUGA